AUGAACAAACCGCCAGCCACGCCGGCGCAGCCCUCCCGCCAGCAGAUCUUCGCCUGGAUCCACUCCCUCCUCAACGACGUCCCGCCCUCGCUCAAGGUGGAGGAGCUCGGCAAGGGCAGCAUCUACUGCCGACUCCUCAACCACUACUUCCCCGGAGUCAUCCUCAUCAAUCGCAUCAUCUGGGCCCCCAAGAGCGAAUACGAGAACCUCAUCAACCUGCGCAUCCUCCAAAACGCCUUCCUGCAGCUCAAGAUCGCCAUCCCCUUCGACCCUGUCCGCCUCAGCAAGGAGAAACUCAACGACAACUGGCCCUUCCUCCUCGCCUUCUAUCGAUAUCUCACCCACAAUUGCGAUGAACAGUACCCCCCUCCCCUGCCCGAGGACCCAAAAUCCCCACCUUCUACCACACGUUCACGCCCCCCAUAA